AGAAUCACUUACUGUCACUUCUCAUGGCAGAGCCGCCGCAGAAAGAGGAAGUAACACUGCUCACUUCUGUUUUUGCGAUGAGAAGAUGACUUGCCGAGACACCGACUGGUUUUAAAUGUGCUGCAAUGAGAUGUUUUAGUCUCACUGUCCACCAUGACGCUUACCUGGACCGUACAAGUUGUGUCCAUCUUGGCAUUGUUACAUCUCACCACCACAAGCGAAAGCGACGGAGACGACUGCGACCUAAAAAUCCAGGGGCGGAAAAACAUUUUUUCAAAAGUUCCAGUUGGGAAAAACCUGGAGAUUCAUUGCACAAUCACAUACAGCAAUACUUGCAAAGACCCGUUUGAAAAUGUCUUCUGGUAUAAGUUGGAAAACAAGACCUAUUUGCCAGUGACCAAUGACUCUCAUGCUCACAUAGAACUUACGGUUAGAAAUGCAUUACAUAAGAUAUUAUCUUUACUCCUCACAACUAUACAAAUAAGCGAUGCCGGUUUGUAUCGGUGUCAAAGUGAACGUGGAUUGAGCCUGGGGAAUCCUAUCAACAUCUCUGUGCAAGAUAGCCGUACGAUGAGCAACGACUCAGUUACGAAUAAAAUAACACCGGAGGGGGAAGCAGGAAGGAUUUCCGGGGGAUAUCUUGCUGUUGGCGCUCUGGCAUUUGGCAUAAUACUGACAUGUAUUUAUGUCAUAGCAAUGCAGCGACGCAAAGGUAACACAAAGAGAGAGAAUCACUUUGAAAAUCAGGACAACUCUAUGGCAAACCCACAUAUCGACGCUAAAUCCGUGGCCUGCCGGCGAACCGCCUCUGACCCGCCAACUACGAAAGCGACACCACCCUCCACGCGGUUGCCAAGAAGCGGCCAGAUGAGUCCACAGGGUGAAGACAAGUCAAAGAAAAAUACAAUACAAGAUAGAAACUCCAUCAUGUAUGCCACUCUUGAUCACCAGCUGCCACCUGGUGGCGCUGUUCGGCCACUGCCGCCCAUGGAGGAGAGUUCAGAGUAUGCAGUUAUCCGCUAGUAGUAUGAGGCUGGAAUGAUCAGGAUCAGAGUUCUCCCAUGUUUAAAACAGGAAAACAAGCAAUGUUUGGUUCUUGACCCAGAGAAGGACAAGCUGUAGAAAAUGUAUGGAUGGAUGAUGUCUUUGGCUUUUCCUGUCAAAAUCAUGGUUGAAUUACUUCCAUUUUAAUACACAGUAAUAAAGAUAAGCAAAUUAAUCCAAAUCACCCAUCCAUCCAUCCAUCAGUCCAUUUUCUACCGCUUGUCCCUUUUGGGGUUGCGGAGGUCUCUGGAGCCUAUCUCAGCUGCAUAUUGGCGGAAGGCGGGGUACACCCUGGACAAGUCGUCAUCUCAUCGCAGGGCCAACACAGAUAGGCAGUCAACAUUCACACUCUCAUUCACACACUUUACUUUGAGCUCCUCUCGGAUGGCAGAGCUUCUCACCCUCUCUCUAAGGGAGAGCCCCGCCACCCGACGGAGGAAACUCAUGUCGGCCGCUUGUACCCGUGAUCUUGUCCUUUCGGUAAUGACCCAAAGCUCAUGACCAUAGGUGAGGGCGGGAACGUAGAUCGACCGGUAAAUUGAGAGCUUUGCCUUCCGGCUCAGCUCCUUCUUCACCACAACGGAUCGCCGCACCAAUCCGCCUGUCGAUCUCAUGAUCCACUCAUCCCCCGCUCGUGAACAAGACUCCUAGGUACUUGAACUCCUCCACUUGGGGCAGGGUCUCCUCCCCAACCUGGAGAUGGCACUCCACCCUUUUCCAAGGGAGAACCAUGGACUCGUACUUGGAGGUGCUGAUUCUCAUUCCGGUCGCUUCACACUCGGCUGCAAACCGAUCCAGUGAGAGCUGAAGAUCCUGGCUAAAUGAAGCCAUCAGGACCACAUCGUCUGCAAAAAGCAGAGACCUAAUCCCGCGGCCACCAAACCGGAACCCCUCAACGCCCUGACUGCCCCUAGAAAUUCUGUCCAUAAAAGUUAUGAACAGAAUCGGUGACAAAGGACAGCCUUGGUGGAGUCCAACCCUCACUGGAAAUGUGUCAGACUUAUUUCCGGCAAUGCGGACCAAGCUCUGACACUGAUCGUACAGGGAGCGAACCGCCACAAUCAGCACAAUCAGACAGUCCGAUACCCCAUAAUCUCUGAGCACUCCCCACGUGAAUUCCUGAGGGACACGGUUGAAUGCCUUCUCCAAGUCCACAAAGCACAUGUAAACUGCUUGGGCAAACUCCCAUGCACCCACAAAGACCCUGCCGAGAGUAUAAAGCUGGUCCACAGUUCCACGACCAGGACGAAAACCACACUGUUCCUCCUGAAUCCGAGGUUUGACUAUCCGGCGUAGCCUCCUCUCCAGUACACCUGAAUAAACCUUACCGGGAAGGCUGACGAGUGUGAUCCCACGAUAGUUGGAACACACCCUCCGAUCCCCCUUCUUAAAGAGAGGGACCACCACCCCGGUCUGCCAAUCCAGAGAUACCGCCCCCGAUGUCCACGCGAUGCUGCAGAGUCUUGUCAACUAAUUUAGUGUUGCCAAUCAACCUCUCCCCAGGUGCAUGUUUUUGGAGGUGGGAGGGAACCCACCCAGUCACAAGGAGAACAUGCAAACUCCAAACAGUAAGAGUCCGAGCCCGGGAACUGAACCCAGUACCAACAUAUCGUGAGGCACACUCACUCACCCCUAUCCAACCGUGCUGUCUAUGGGGCGAUACAGCUCGGUUGGUAGAGUGGCCGUGCCAGCAACUUGAGGGUUCCAGGUUCGAUUCCCCCUUCCGCCAUUCUAGUCUCUGGCGUUUAGUCACUUUACCCACCUGAUCCCAGUGACACCCACACUGGUUUAAAUGUAACGUAGACAUUGUGUUUCACUAUGUAAAGCGCUUUGAGUCACUAAAGAAAAAGUGCUGUAUAAAUAUAAUUAACUUCACUGUCUAUUGUGUAAUAAUGAGGCAUAUAUACAUUUAAAUGGGUUAUACUUGUGUGGCGGGCGUGGCCUGCGGACCAGCAGCAAAGCGGGGUGUGGCGGAACUGGCUUCGAGAUUAGCGACAGGUGCAUAGAUGACGCAGCUGAGAGUGUUUGUCUAAUCAUCCGUCGCUCUGUUAAAGGCAGCAGUCGGGAAGGAGAAGGGGUGGUUGAUGGUCGUUGUUGGUGGAUGUCAGAGCACGUCGAGAGAGAGAGAGAGCGAAAUUGAAGGCCUAGAUCCAAAAGACGUGUGCUGAAAAGCAACAGGAAAAAGCAUUUGUGUGCACAGCUGUCAUGUCCAUGGUGGGUGGUCCAGGGGACCCGGAAGCACUAGACUUCCACAACUUGUACAGCGCUUUGACACUAUUUCCACAUUCACCCAUUCACACACACAUUCACACACUGAUGGCGGGAGCUGCCAUGCAAGGCGCCAACCAGGACCCAUCAGGAGCAAAGGUGAAGUGUCUUGCUCAAGGACACAACCGACGUGACUAGGAUGGUAGAAGGUGGGGAUUGAAACAGGAACCCUCAGGUUGCUGGCACGGCCACUCUCCCAACCAUGCCACGGCGUCCCCAUUUAUGUUCAUAUAUGUUGACCCUUACGAAAGACCACCUGAGGCCGGUAAAAAUGAGUUGGACACUCAUUCUAUACUUGGACUGUGGUAAGGUUGUACCUUAACAGGGUAUGUAUGUAAUUUUUCCUCAAAAUGCAAUAUUUUUGAGCUUCUGGUCCAUUCAUUUGUCAUUUCUCAUCUGGUAUUGCCUUGUACUGCAUAAGAAAAGCAUGUGAUUUGUGGUAUUAGUGGAAGGUGUUGCAGGUUUUGCAUAAAGCAUGUGCGUGGGGUUUCCUGUGGCUUUUGAAUGCUGCUGCGGGGGCUGCACGAUGUGGAAUUUGUCACGGUUUUGAUCAUUGUGUGAAAAUUAUAUUGUGACAAACAAAACGUGACUUUGUGAAAGUAUUAUCCAUAACCCUGUAACUGCUUGGUAUUGGACUGAUACCAGAAUUUGUCAGCCAAAAUCUAUGUAAAGUAUCAAACAGAAGCAUACAUGCUUAUUACAUUUAGCAGAAGCGUGAUUAGAACAUGUUAAACAGAAAGUAAGCAGACGAACAAGUAGAUUAAUGACCCAUUUUCUACCAUAAUUUUGACAAAAUAAUAGGUUGCUACAUACUGUACGUCAGCAGCCAAAUUAGAAGCCUGUGUAACCUGUUUGCUUCUUCACAACUGAAAGUUGUUGUCUCUGUUCAGUAUCUUAUUUAAUGACAAAACUGUUAUUUGGUUGCAAUAAGAAAUGUAUGCUUAACGUACAUUUAGAUUUUAUGUCAAAAUAAAGACAAUGAUUCCAUUAUUUUGUUGUACCCUUUAUUUUGAAAAGGUUCAAAAGGCAUCAAAAUACAGGUACCUGUACUGGUACGGUGGAAAACGACACAGAACGGAGACAGGGACUUCGCUUAGCCUUAGGUGUGUUUAUUACUACAAUAAAAUGACGUGUGUAAAUAAUCCAAA